AUGACUGGUGACACGGAAGAGUCCUUGACGCUCUCACCGGAUGCGCUGGCAGCGCUCACCCAAUUCUAUGCCGAGCGCGAUGCGCAAACGGAGAAAUUCGAGAAACUUAGGGCGCGGGCUGAAGCUGAUGAGGGUGCGCGGGGCCAGGUGGUGAACGAACCUGAGCCGGCCGCGGGUGAGCUCUCUAUCCAUACAUUUACCGAAGACUGGAACGAGUCACAGUUCUGGUACUCGGAUGAGACGGCGAACCUACUCGGCCACCAACUCCUCAUAGGCACGAGUGAUGAUUCGGUCGUCGCCGUGGUUUCUACGCCAAGCGUAUUCGUUGCGCUGCGGAAGAUCACGACCGCGGCUGGGUACACGGGUCCGAAGCCAAAGAUGUUCUUACUCGAGCACGACUAUCGGUUUGCUGUCUUCCCUGAGUUCGUCUUCUACGAUUUCGCGGAACCAUUCAAGCUACCCACACAUCUUAAGGGUGCUGUAGACAGGAUGAUAUGCGACCCUCCUUUCUUGAGUGAGGACUGCCAGACGAAAAUGGCCAUGACUCUGCGCUGGCUAGCACGGACUAAAACCGGCGCCGUAUCUACAGCUGAAACUAAGACCUUCCCGCGCGUCCUUAUCUGCACAGGCGAGCGGAUGGAGAAGCUCGUGAACCGGUUAUACAAGCCCUUAAACGUGGCCACGACGACAUACGAGCCUGUGCACAGCGGGCUGAAAAAUGAAUUCCGUUGUUAUGCAAACUUUGAGUGUGACGCGUGGAGGUGGCAAAAAGAGGCAUGA